AUGGAACCAGAACCAGAACCAGACCCAGAACCAGAACCAGAACCAGAACCAGACUGUGAACCAGAACCAGACCUAGAGGUUGUUCCUAAAAUCACUACAGACGAGGACGUUACAGAUGAAAAGACCACAGAAGAAGAUAAUGGCUCAGGAGACACCCAGGACACUGGUGAAACAGAAAAUGACCCCAAUAUGACCAACACACAAGAAGACGAGGGUUUGAGCUUAAUCAUCAUCCUGAUCCCUGUGGUGCUGGUGGUGCUAAUCAUCGGCAUGAUAGUGUGCGCCAUUUUCAUCAACCGCAGGUGGAACAAAAAAGGAAGAAAUCAAGAGCUGAGACAGGAGGAUCCAUAUCUGGAUGGGUCCAGUACAGAGAAGGUGCCAAUGCCCAUGUUUGAAGAAGACGUGCCCUCUGUACUGGAGCUAGAAAUGGAAGAGUUGGACCAGUGGAUGAAAAAGGAUGGUGAGACAACAGAGGACACCAAACAUGAAUAAAUCUAUUUAUGGUUAACAAAGGACUCUCUCCCAGUAUGCAAAGACACACAGUCUUUAAUGCACUGUUGCCAACUUGGAUGUUCUGAACUUCCGGCAACAUUUGUGACCACAGGAACGAAUUCGACUGCCAGGAAAUAACACUGAGACACUUAAAGGACACUUAUAAACAUUUUUUUCAUUCUUACAGCAAAACGAUCCGCAAGUAAAGUCUUCAGUGGACAUCAAUGUGCAAAGAUUGGGUCAAAACUUGUUAAAUUGUGGCUCUUUUGUUAGGAGAGUAAUCAGUGUUGUGCUUUCACAUAUUGUUUCUGUCACGCUUUGCCUAUUUUGAUUGUAUUGUUUGUUUUACUGUCAAGCAGUAAUCAGUUAUGUGAGGUAAAUGUGCAGUAUUUUUUGUCUCAAUAAUCAGCCAGAGUGAAAAGUAUUAAGUUUAAACCUAAAAAAAA